AUGCUGAGGGAACUAAUGCCUCUUUUUAGGAAUAUCUAUGGGUUAAUUGCUUCCUCAGGUACCAUAGGAGCAUUGGUGGCUUGGCUGAUCGGCUAUAAGGCAGCCUUGUUUGGGUUCUUAUUCCUUCUGUUGUUGCUUAGCAACUGGCUGGUCAACUGUGAACUCAAGCCCACCCCACCAGAGUCCCAGCAGGAAGAGGCAGAUAAACCAAAGGUUCCCAAAGCCAAACCCAACGGCAACAUCAUGAGCAUGAAAGAAGUCAAGAGACUGCACGCCUGCUUUGCCCUCCAGGACAAGAUCCUUGAACGGCUUUUGUUCAGUGAAAUGAAGCUGAAAGUCUUAGAAAAUCAGAUCAUUAUAUGGAAUAGAAUGAAUCGCCGUGGGAGGUUCAGCCGACAGCUGACAUUUCGCAAACACAGAAGGAAGAGGCAGGAAUCCACUAAGGACUUCAUUUCUGAUUGCACUACCAAUUCCCCCUGCUGA